AUGUUACACAGCUUAGUGUUUAGAAAUGAAUGGGAAAAACUCUUAAUAAAUUAUCAGGGGAAUGAUCCGAAUAUUAUGGACUGGUUGUGUAAUGGAGUGGACAUUUCAGAAUACUUUGUACACUUUAAGGGCUCUUUCAAGGGGAAAGCAUAUGAUAGUGAUACACCCCCUAGAAAUUUCUUUAGAAAUGCUGAAAGUUGUAUACCGUUUGUGGAUUUUAUAGCUAAAACAUUGGAAGAUAAAAUAAAAACGGGUGCUAUUAAACUUCUGGGAAGACUUGGGGAUUGCCAAAUGCCACAUGUUGUCAUGCCUUUGUUAGUAGAACCGUCAAAACCACGUUUAUGCCACGAUGACCGUUAUAUCAAUUUAUGGAUGAGGGACAUACCUUUUACAUUAGAAACACUUAGGGAGGUGCCAAGAAUGGUCAAUAGUGGUGCUGUAUUGUUUAGCUGUGACGAUAAAAGUGGAUAUGAUCAUGUCCUGCUGUCUGAGAGUUCUCAAAUGUAUUUUGGGAUUGUGUUUGGGGAGUGGGUCAUGGUAUAUAGAACUAUUCCAUUUGGUUGGAAAUUGAGUCCGUAUGUAUAUCAGUCACUCGGGAUGGUGGUUACCUCAUACUUGAGAUCCCUCCAAAUAUGCACAAUGCAAUACAUUGAUGAUCGGCUAUUUGUGGUCAAUAGGAAACCUAGUGAAGUGGAAGAAGAGUUUGAAUUCAGGCAAAGAUGUACAAUCUAUGCCUUUUUGAAGAUAUUGUCAGAUCUUGGUUAUACGUUAGCUAUACGAAAGUGUAAUUUUCAGCCCACAACGUGUUUGAGAUAUCUUGGUUUUUUGAUCGAUUCCAAGUCGAUGUGUUUUCAUCUUCCAACUGAUAAGAAGGAGAAGUUUUUGGAAUUCAUGUCCUAUAUACUAUCAAAGGAAAAAGUUGAUCAAAGUCCUAAAACGCUGGGUAGGUAA